GCUGGGGGCGGGGCCCGGCGGGGAUGCCGCGGGAGGGAGCUCUUGACGAUCCAGCUGUGGCCCCAGAUGUUGAGGGCCCCCAAAAACACCUUCCCUACCCCCAAAACACCCCAGAUGUUGUCAGGAAGGGGCCAGAUCUAGAUGCUGGGGACCCCGAAAUGCCCAAAGUGUCCCAAAAUGCCUUGGAGGCUCCAGAUGUGGCAGCAGAAACUCCAAGUACAGAUGUCCUGCAGGCCAAAAAUGGGCACCAGAUGUUGCUGGUGGACAGUGACACAGAUGUCGAGGAGGAGGGGCCAAAUCCAGAUGUUGGGUCCCCGAAACAUCUUAAAAUGACCCAAAAUGUGCUCGAAACUCCAGAUGUGGGGCUGAAAAUCCCAAAUCCAGAUGUUCCAUGGCUUAAAAAUGGGUGUGGGAUGCUGCAGGUGGAGAGUGACACAGAUGUGGAGGAGGAGGCUGAUCCAGAUGUGGAGCCCCCAGAACGACUGAAAAUGACCCAAAGCGUUCCAGAAACUCCGGAUGUGGUAGCAAAGACCCCAAAUCCAGAUGUUUCUGGCCCAAAAAUGCGAUGUGGGAUGCAGGUGGUGGGCAGUGACACAGUUGUGGAAGAGGAUCCCCAAAAAAGGCUCAAAGUGACCCAAAACAUGCCUGGAAUUCCCGAUGUGGAAGUGGAGACCCCAAAUCCAGCUGUGGGAACGCCCAAAACUGGACACUGGACAAUGCUGGCGGACAGCAACACAGAUGUGGAAGGGGAGGAGGAGAAUCCAGAUGUGCGGCCCCCAAAACAACUCAGGAUGACCCAAAAUGUGCCUGAAACGCCAGAUGUGGCAGCAGCAGCCCCAAAUCUUGAUGUUUCAGACCCAAAAUUCCGUUCCUGGAUGCUGCUGGUAGACAGCGAUACAGAUGUGGAAGAUGAAGUGAAUCCAGAUAUGCAGCCCCCAAAAAGGCUCAGGAGGACCCAAAAUGUGUCCAGAAUUCCAGAUGUGGAGGUGGAAACCCCAAAUCCAGCUGCAGAAAGGCCCAAAAUUGGUCAUCACACCUUGGUGGUGGACAGCGACACAGAUGUGGAGGAAGAUGCAGAUGUGCAGCCCCCAAAAAGGCUCAGGAGGACCCAGAAUGUGCCUGAAACUCCAGAUGUGCAAUGGGGGACACCAAAUCCAGAUGUUUCAGGCCCCACAAUCAGGUAUCAGAUGCUGGUGGACAGCAGUGACACAGAUGUGGAGGAGGAUCCAUAUGUUGAAACCCUAAAAAAGCUUGAAAUGACCCAAAAUGUGCCUGAAAGUCCAGAUGUGGUGACACAGACCCCAAAUCCAGAUGCUGGAGUGACCAAACAUGGGUGUCAGGCACUACUGGUGGACAGUGAUACAGAUGUGGAGGAGGAGGAAGGGAAUCCAGAUGUUUGUCCUUCAAAAAGAUGGGAAAAUCCUCAAAACAUGCUCCAAACUCCAGAUGUGCCCACACAGCCCCCAAAUCCAGCUGUGGAGGGCUCCCAGAGGCACAGAGUGCUGCUGGAUGACAGCGACACAGAUGUGGAAGAGGAGGCAAAACCAGAUGUUCGAUGCCUAAAAAGACUAAAACCAGCCCCAAACGUGCCUGAAACUCCAGAUGUGAGGCUGAAAACACCAAAUCCAGAUGUUUCAGGCAGAAAAAUGGGCUGUGGGACAUUGCUGGUGGACAGCGAAACAGAUGUGGAGGACGAUGAGACAGGUCCAGAUGUUCAGCCCUUAAAAAGACGGAAAAUGACCCCAAAUGUACCUGAAUCUCCAGAUGUGCCCACACCAUCUCCAAAUCCAGCUGUUGGAGGCUCUGAAUCCAGAUGUGGAGCCUUGGUGGUGGAAAGUGACACAGAUGUGGAGGAGGAUGAGGCUUGUCCCGAUGUUUGGCCCUCAAAAAGACAGAAAAUUACCCAAAAUGUGCCCGAAACGCCAGAUGUUGGGCUGAACCCCCCAAAUCCAGAUGCUGGGAGGCACCAAAGGACCCAAAAUGUGGCUGAAACUCCAGAUGUGGAGGAGGAAGAGGAAGGGUGGGAUCCUGAUGUGGCCACCCAGCUGUUCCUGCCCCCAAAUCCAGAUGUGGGGGAGGCUGAGGCAGAUCCAGAUGUUGGGAGCCCAAAACAACUCCAAAUUACCCAGAAGCUACAUGAAAUUCCAGAUACGGAGAAGGAAGAGGAGUCAGAUCCAGAUGUAGCCACCCAGCUGUUCCUGCCCUCUCCAGAUGUUGGGAGCCCAGAAAGCCCCAAAAUGGCCCCAAAGGACCCCAAAAUCCCAGAUGUGGAGGGGCUGCCCUCCUUGGAACCAGAUGUGGCCACGCAGAUGUUCCUGCCCCCACAUCCAGAUGUGGGGGUUGGCCCAAAUCCAGAUGUUCUGGGCCCAAAACAACACAAAGUGGCCUCAAAUGAACCCAAAACUCCUGAUGUGAGGACGGAGAACCCAGAUCCAGAUGUGGAGGAGGACUUGGAUGUGGCCACCCAGCUGUUUCUGCCCCCUGAUCCAGAUGUGGAGGGGGAAGGACCCUCAGAUCCAGAUACUGGGUCCCCAAAACCACUCAAAAGUCCCCUAAACUCGCCUGAAGUUCCAGAUGUGGAUUUGGAGAGCCUGAAUCCAGAUGUGGAGGAGUCACUGAGGAGCCACAGGACAUUACUGGGGGAUGCUGAUCCAGAUGUGGAGCAGGCAGACCCAAAUCCAGAUGUGGCAGCCUCAAAAAGACCCCAAACGGCCCCAAAAGUCCCCAGAAUUCCAGAUGUGGAGGUGGACACCCCAAAUCCAGAUGUGGAGGAGCUGGGGAGCCCUGACCUCGAUCCAGAUGUGGCCACUCAGCUGUUCCUGCCCCCCAACCCAGUUGUGGGAUGCCCGGAAAGCCCCAAAACGGCCCCAGAGGAAUCCCAAAUUCCAGAUGUGGAGCAAGAGGCCCCAAAUCCAGAUGUUGGGGAUCCCCCAAGCCCCACCCAGGAGGAAGCAGAAGCUCCACUCACCCUGCAGGUGCGGCGCAGUCGGCGAUUGGCUGAGAGCGGAGGGGGCGGAGCCUCUCGUGGCCCCGCCCCCACACAGAAGAGGCACGAUGGGGGCUCCAAGCCCCGCCCCCCAGCCAAGCCCCGCCCACAGCGGGGGCAGGUACAAGAGGGGGCGGGGCCAGGAGAAGCCACGCCCCCGAUGUCCAUAAAAGGAAAUGGGCGGGGCUCAGCGGCGACCUCGCCCCCAGAGGAGGAUCCAGCAGGGGGCGCCAAGCGCAGGCUCCGCCCCCGGGCAGCGCCGGGCUCCGCCCACAUCCGGAGUUCCCACGUUGGCCGCCCGCUGUCCCCAGGUCCCUUCCUGCCCCGGGACCCUUCCUGUGAGCGGCGCUUUGGCUUCCGCCUGCGCCCGGCGCUGGCCCGGGCCCAGGAGCGGCCCCUGCUGCAGGGGUACCAGGUGCAUGUCACCCCCAGUGUCCAGCCGUGCCCCGAGGACAUGCGGGACAUUGUCACCUGCUGUGGUGGCACCUUCCUGCCCCAGCUGCCCCGGGAACACUCGCCAAUCAGCGCUCUCGUUCCCGAGCGCAGCAGCCAAUGGCAGCGCAGGAAGGGCGGGACUUCUGUUACCAUGGGAACGCGCAGCGGGGUCUCCAUGGCAACGCGCGAAAGGCGCUUCCGGGUUUAUUGUUCCCGCCCUCGGCCGCUCUCAGCCAAUCAGCGCUGUCGGGGUCGGGCGGAGCAGCCAAUGGCGAUGCAGAAGGGGCGGGAGCAGCGUUGCCAUGGGGACGGCCUGGGUGGUCGCCAUGGCAACGAGGGCGGAAGGAGCAGGAAAAGGUUAAAAAUGGGAAUAAAAACCCGGGAUUGUUGUGGGCUGGGAGAGACCGGGGGGCCCUGGGGACAGCGGGACCCCCUGGGGACAGCGGGACUCUUCCGGGAUGGGCGUGAGGUCUUCGAGGACCCUGACUGA